CCAAGGCUACGGCAACCGGGAGAAGCCAAAUCUUGUAGGCGUUGGUGACUCGUGCAGCGCAGGCCUCCACCCAGGGCUCCCAAAGCCGAGGCCAGCCUAGGGGAGCACUACGGCGGCCAUGGCCCUCUAUGAUCUGUACUCGCACCCGGCGGAGAUCAUCUACCGCGCGGGGCUGUGCUCCAAGGCCGCCAUUUUCCUGCUGCUGGCCACCAGCCUCACCUACAUCCCGCCGCUGCUCGUGGCCUUCCGGAGUCAAGGUUUUUGGUUGAAGCGUAGCAGCUAUGAGGAGCAGCCAACAGUCCGGUACCAACAUGAGGUUCUGUUUGUGGCUCUGUUGGGCUCCUCCUCCUCUGGAGAGUAUCUAGCCUGGAGCACAUUCCCCACUUUUAACCGGUUACAAGGGGAUAAUCUUCGGGUGCCAGUGGUGUCGGCCAGAGAAGAAGACAGGAACUAUGACGGGAAAGUGGACGUGUUACAUUUCAAAUUAGAGCUUCCACUGAAGCCUACUGAGCAUGUCCUUGGGGUCCAGCUUAUUCUGACCUUUUCUUACCAGCUGACUAGGAUGUCAAGAUUUGUGAUGCAGAGCAUGGCUUUUCUCCAGUCAUCCUUCCCUAUCCCAGGUGCCCAAGUGUCUGUGAAUGGAGACCUGAGGCUGCAACAGAGGCAGCCUUUGAAAUAUCGUGGGCUAGAUAACAGAUACAAUGUAUCAGUGAUCAAUGGGACAAGCAUUUUUGCAAGUGACUAUAGAUUCAAGAAAAUUGUUGCUGCAUACCAUGAAAGGAAUGUAACCACGUUCUUGGCUGAUCCCAACCCUAUUUGGCUGGUGGGAAGGGCUGCAGAAGCACCAUUUAUAGUUAAUGCUGUCAUUCGAUAUCCUGUCGAGGUCAUUUCCUAUAUGCCAGGUUUCUGGGAGGCAAUCAAGUUUGCCUGGAUCCAGUACAUCAGUAUUCUGCUUGUCUUCCUUUGGAUAUUUGAAAAAAUCAAGAUGUUUGUGUUUCAGAACCAAGUGGUGACCACAAUUCCUGUGAGAUCAAUGACCCCAGUGGAAAAUUAUAAGGAGCACUUAUCUUAAGAAGCAGCCUCUCUAAAAAUGACUGGGUGCAGCCAUGCUUACCUCACUGUCAGCUUUAGAAAACUGUCUGUGCAUGGUCCCUUUUUGGAAGGAGCUCUGCCACCAUUUUGUAGUAGUCACAGAUAUGAGGAAGAACAUAGCACUUUGAUAUCUUGGAAAGUGUUCCAUCUUUGAUGACUCAAAGAUGUUUUCUCUUUGUAUCUGGAGGCUACACAUUAUGCAUUUUUCCCUGUCCCAAACCCUUUAUCACCAUAAAGCUGUCCUGUGAUAGGCAUGCAAAUCA